AUGUUAGCGAUUAUUAUCUUAUCCCAAGGACGCUGUGGUCUCUCCCGAUGCAUCACCUACUACCUACUGGCGAUAGCAGUUGCUGAUUUCUUAGUUAUCAUCACUGGGUGUAUCCUCAACAGGAUUGGCCGCAUCUAUUUUAGCUACAGCGUGUUGUCCACCACCCCUGGCUGCAGCCUCAGUGCUGUGCUGGUCUACGCCACGCGGGAUUGUUCCGUCUGGCUGACAGUAGCGUUCACCUUCGACCGUUUUGUUGCCAUCUGCUGCCAGAGUCUGAAGACCAGAUACUGCACUGAGAAAACUGCGUCACUAGUCAUAGGGCUGAUCUGUGUCCUGCUCUGUAUCAAGAACGUCCCUUUAUACUUCAUCUACAAGCCCAUGUACAUACUGGAUACAGUGCCCUGGUUCUGUGAUAUCAAAACGAUCUUCCACAAUUCACCCAUUUGGCAGGUCUACCGAUAUUUAAACCAUAUCUUAAUCCCCUUUCUCCCCUUCCUCCUCAUUCUGCUGCUCAACGCUCUGACUGUAAGACACAUCUUAGCGGCCAGCAGAGCCCGGAAGAGACUCCGUAGGGCCAGAAACGAUGAGGACUCAGAGAUGGCAAACCGCAAGAAAUCCAUUGUCCUCCUCUUUGCCAUCUCUCUUAGUUUCCUCCUCUUGUGGGUCACUUACAUCGUGCGGUUUCUCCACAGAAUGGUUACCGGUGAAGAGUACGUUGGCAAACGGAACUUCAAUGAUCCCAAGUACAUUCUUCAAGAGACAACAAACAUGCUUACAUUACUCAGCUCCUGCAACAACAUUGUCAUCUACGUGGUAUCACAGAGCAUGUUCCGGGAAGAACUCAAGAAAAUCCUGAUGUGUCCCCUGCGAAUGUUCACUGCCAGCACAAAACAGUAG